AUGGAUCACGACUCAGGCGAAGGGAAGCUGAAGAGUGCGCCAAAGUUUGAUGGGAGCGACUAUUGGACUAGGAGCUUCCGAUUCGAACAAUGGGCAGAGGCGCACGAUCUAUGGGGGUACUUUGACGGCUCGGAGGAGCGACCUGCAACGGGUGACGCACGGCUGAAGUGGGAGAGAAAAAAUCAGAAGGCAUUCGCCCAAUUUUGCAAUGCCUUGGUGCCAGAUGAGCUGAUUCGCUUGGUACGGGAGUUCAGCGGCAAGACCGAGUUGGGCAGCACACCUGUUGAUGGCGGAGCAAGAGCAGUCACCCGGGUUCCUGUAGGCACAGCAGCGGCAUACACACGAGUGAAGGAGUUCUACCUUCAGCGUGGAUUGUGUAAUCGGAUGGCACUCUCUGAGGAGCUCUCCUCAUUGAAGAUGAAAGAGGGGGAGGGGGUGGCUGCAUACUGGGCGCGUGCCGAGGACUUGAGGUCCAAGUACUUGGCUGCAGGAGGGAAGGAGGAGGUUGAGGAGUGGAUGAUGAGGGUACUCAAAGGACUACCUCCUCACUUUGAGAUGCUGAAGGUGGUGCUGAACAACCAGUCAUCAUCACUCACUAAGGAUCAGCUGCUUACCUCCUUGAGGAGCGAGGAGAUGCGGAUUGGUGUCGCACCAAGAUCGGAUGGUGUAGCCACCUUUGGAGCGGGUACGAAACGAUGUCCUCAUCGACCUAAGGGAGGCAUUUCGACAUUCUUAAAGCGGGGGGGUCGUGGGUCCAACGGCAAGGCACAGGUGGCGGAUGAGGAGGAGCAGGAUGACAAGGCAGAGGCAGUGGUUGGAGAGGCAGUUGCAGCAGUGGGAGAGGAGCAGCCGCGAGAGGGGUGGUGGAUUGACAGUGGGGUCAGCCACAACUUUACUCCUUAUGAGUCAGAUUUCAAAAGUAAGCUUCAGCCACCAGAGGUUCGGGGAGUUAGAUUGGGAGAUGGAAGGGUGGUGAAAGCUGUUGGCAUGGGUGAGGUGCCAGUGGUUGGUGCUGGAGGUCAGCUGCUGAGGAUUCAAAAGGUCCACCUUGUGCCUGAGAUGCACACGCGUCUGCUGUCAGUCCCACACCUCACCUCUCGAGAUGUCAUUGUCACAUUCAAGGGCAAGAAAUGUGUCCUUAAACGGGGGGAGCGGGUGUUGGCGAUUGGAGAAAAGGAGAGGGGAAGGGACCAUGGAUUGGUGCGGAUGUUUCUUCCUCUUGCUCGGGGCACACAAGGCAGUGCUCUUGCAGCUGGGUCCUCCUCCUCAUUUUCCCCAUUGACCCUUGCCCAUCGCCACCUUGUGCACACACCGUCACUGGGAGGAGCGGUGUAUGUCCUCAGUCUCAUUGACGACUUCACCAGACGAGUUUGGUCGUUCCCCCUCCCCAACAAGGAAUCGGCCACAGUUGCAAAAGUCCUUCGCCAGUGGCAUAAGGACGUGGAGUUGGAGUGUGGGGGGAAGCUGAAGGCUGUUCGCUCGGACAGGGGUGGCGAGUUCUUGGGGGAAGCUGUAAAAGCAUGGAAGGCGGAGUUUGGCAUUAAAACUCAAUUGAGCGUCGCAGAUACACCGCAGCAGAAUGGGGUCGUGGAGAGGUGGCACAGGACGAUGGCAGAGGGGAUUCGCACAUUGUUGGUCGACAGUGGUCUCCCUGCUCGCUUGUGGGGUGAAGCAUUGAUGUGGGUCGUAUGGGUUAAGAACAGGGUCACCCACAGUGCUUUGCCUGCCUCCAUCACACCAAUGGAGGCGUGGUCCGGCCAGAAGCCGCAUGUGGGCAUGGCUCGGAUUUGGGGUUGCAUGGGGAGUGUCAUGCUGCACGGGCAUGAGAAGGGUGGCAAGUUUGAUGCACGGGCUGUCAUGUGUGUCUGUGUUGGGGUGGACAUGGAGAGCAAGGGUUGGCGCAUGCUGGACCCUUCUCUCAUGCGCAUUCGCAUUGCUCGGGAUGUUGAUUUUCUUGAGAAUGUGAUGUGGAAGGAUUGGGACAAGACAAAGGGAUUUGGGGAGCUUCUGCAGGAUGCAGCUGCGAUUUCCCAACUCCUCCCUCUUCCACUCUCGCCACCCUCAGCAACGGCUGACGACGUUGAGAUGCCACCUUCAUCACUGCCACCGGCACCGCUGAGUGUGUCGGUGCAGCAGCUGCCCACCCCUCUGCAGCAGCUCAGUGGCCCCUCGGUCAUUCAGCGGAGAUCCGCUACAUAG